UGUGUGUGUACCUGCGUGUAGCUUAAUUGCCUGCCAAGUCUUGUAAAGCCACUCACUUGUAAGGCUCGCAGAACACUCCGUGGCUCCGUUGUCCGGUAAAUGCACACUGUAUCAUUUCCCCGCAAAAAAGAAAGUACAAGAAGAAGAAUCGGAUCAACCGAGUAAAUUAAGCUCUUUCAACCUUUUCCAUAUCUACCACCACAACCCCCUCUUCAAAUGACAUCCGCUGCUGAAGAAUCCGCUUCGGCGGCCGUUUUGGGUAAGCUGGUUUAUACACCAAAAAACGUCGAACAAACGAGGAUCGAUCGAUUUCGUCAAUCGAUUGCAAAAAAGUAUAAUGUCACUCUGAGCGAUUAUGAUGCAUUUUGGAAGUGGUCAUGCGAACAUGCAUCCGAAUUCUGGACAGAGACUUGGGAGGAGGUAGGAAUCAUUGCAAGUAAGAAUGUAAAGGAAGCAUUACCAUCACAUCAAAUACCCAACAUUUAUCCACCUCCAAAAUGGUUUGAGGGUUCACGUUUGAACUUUGCAGAAAAUCUUUUGCGUCAUUCUCGAUCAGAUUCACCGCUCCUAGAUCAACCUGCUUUGAUACAAACCGCAGAAGCUGAUCCAAGCAAACCUGAUGUAUUUCAUCAGACCAUCACAACGCAAAGACAAUUACGUUUGCAAGUAGCACGAGCAGUUCGUGCUUUGCGUGCUCGAGGUGUGAUCGCAGGCGAUCGCGUUGCAAGCUAUAGCAGUAAUUGUUCGGCUAAUAUCGUUGCUUUCCUUGCAAGUGCUGCUAUUGGUGCGAUUUGGGUGUCGAGUGCGGCUGAUUUUGCUCCUCAAGGUGUUCUGGAAAGACUAAAGACUGUUCGUCCAAAAGUCUUGUUUGCUGUGGAUGGUGUGCGAUACAAUGGUCGUGUACAUGACCACCUCGGCAAAUUGGAAGAAGUAGUCAAAGGUCUAGAGGAUGGUAUUGGAGCUGAAGAACAAAAGCUGCAAGAAGUGAUUGUCAUUCCUUACUUGAACGAGAUAGGUUCUCAAAGUGACCCAGCAAAACAUCAACAUACAAAUUGGAAUGACUUUUUGCAAAGCGGGAAAGGCACAAGUGAAGACGAUGCAGAUAUCAAAUUUGAACAACUGGACUUUAAUCAUCCUCUUUGGAUCUUAUUCUCUUCAGGUACGACCGGAAAGCCAAAAGCAAUCAUGCAUCGAUCUGGUGGAAUGUUGAUCCAAAUGGCAAAAGAGCUUCUUGUACACGGUGAUAUGACACCCAAAGACGUAUUCUUUUACUACACCACACCCGGAUGGAUGAUGUGGAAUUGGUUAGUAGGAGGAUUGAUCACGGGAGCUCCUCUAGUUCUAUUUGAUGGAUCACCUUUGAAACCUGCUUCAACUUUAUGGACCUUAUCUUCACAGCUGAGCAUCACAAUAUUCGGAACUUCUGCUGCUUAUCUUUCUGCAUUGGAAAAGACUGCUUUCAAGCCACGUGAAGCAUUUCCAGGUCUUAAAGUUAGACAAGUUCUUUCGACAGGUUCACCUUUGCGAGCAGACCUGUAUCCAUGGAUAAUGGAACAUGUUGGUCCCGAAACCCUAAUCGGAUCAAUCACUGGAGGAACGGAUAUUUGUUCUUUGUUUGCAGGUCACAAUGUUGCACUUCCUGUGUAUGCCGGAGAAAUUCAAGCACGUAAUUUGGGUAUGAACGUAGACGUUUUUGAUGAUGCCGGUAAUUCAAUCUUACCCGGAAAGGGAUCGGGUGAUUUGGUAUGCAAGACAGCUUUCCCUGCUCAACCAUUGUGCUUCUUUUCGCAAUCAGAAGAACGUCAUUUCGAUACGUAUUAUGCACAAUUCAAAGGCGUUUGGUAUCAUGGCGAUUAUGUUAGCUUGUCAACACAUGGAGGUUUGGUCAUGUUGGGUCGUAGUGACGGCGUUUUGAAUCCGGGUGGAAUUCGAUUUGGAUCUUCAGAGAUUUAUGAUGCGUUGGAAAAAGAUAAAAUGUCUGGCAAUCUACAAGAGGUGGAAAAUUGGCUGGUAUGCGCACUCAAAACACCUUCAGCCGAUGAUGAAGUUGUGGUGUUGUUUUUGGUAUUAAAAGAAGGAAAAGAGAGUAUAAAAGCAGAUCAGUUGAGUGCAUUGGAAUCACACAUCAAAUCACUCAUUCGACAAAAGAGAAGUGCAAGACAUGUUCCCAAGUAUAUUCGCAUUAUUGAAGGAGUUCCAUUAACUUUGAAUGGUAAAUUGGCAGAAGUUCCAGCGAAGAAAUUGGUCAAUGGAGCACCAUUAACGACUAUCAAUUCUGCAACACUUCAAAAUCCACAAAUUUUACAAGCGUAUGUAGAAGCAGGAAAAGAGCUUAGAGAAUCACUUGCGAACGGUAAAUGAAUGUGUAUAGAAUAGAGUAAUUUCAUCAUCAUCAUUGAU